UUCCUGUUUCGCAUGUGUGUGUAGUGGAAUAGGUGCUGGCAGAAAAGUUGGCUGAUGCAAUAGUUUUUGGUGAACUGAACUUUCAUUUGUAUUGUGAAUUAAUGUAUAUUUUGAAUUAUUUAUGAUAUUUUUUAGUUUCAAUUGAAGUGUUUCAAUCCGGUCUACAUCUAGCUUCCAUUUAAAACAAAAUGACUGAAGAAGAAUCGAUCUUUGAUCCGACUUCCCGCAAGAAGAAGAAGAAAAAGAAGGUGUUCGACCUUGACGCGGGUCUGUCAGAUGGCGGGGAACGGGAGGGGGGAGAAGCUACCGACUCUCAGGCCACCGAUAAAGAGAAUCAGGAGCCAGCCAGGAAUCAAGAGAACGACAUGGACCUCGAUGAGAACAGCCUGGACCUAGAGAGUUUUGGAAAGAAGAAGAAAAAGAAGAAGACGAAAUUCAAUUUGGACGAAUUGGACAGCGCUCUUCCAGAUGCGGGUGGCAAGACUCUCGAGGGUGGAAUUGGCAACGAUGCCGGUGAAGGUGCUGAGGAUGGAGCUGUCGAGGACAAUUUCGAACUUGACAUGGACUUCUCACAAAAGAAGAAGAGAAAAAAGAAGAAGAAGGACUUGGAUGUGCUCGUGGCUGAAGAUGAGAAAGAGAAGGCCGAGGAUAAAGAAAAUGGCUAUACCGAGGUGGAUAGAAAUACUGAAACUGCCGAGGACGAGAGCGUGACGUGGACGGGUACAGAUCGUGACUACACCUACGACGAGCUUCUGAACCGCGUGUUUGAGAUCAUGCGCGACAAGAACCCCGACAUGGUCGCCGGCAAGAAGCAGAAGUUCGUCAUGCGGCCGCCCCAAGUCGUGCGAAUCGGCACCAAGAAGACCUCGUUCGCCAACUUCACCGAAAUCUGCAAAACCCUGCAUCGACAGCCGAAACAUCUGUUGGACUUCCUGCUGGCCGAGUUGGGCACAAGCGGCUCGGUGGACGGCAACAAUCAGCUGAUCAUCAAGGGUCGCUUCCAGCAGAAGCAGAUCGAGAACGUGCUGCGUCGCUACAUCAAGGAGUACGUGACGUGUCACACGUGCCGCUCGCCUGACACCAUCCUCCAGAAGGACACGCGGCUCUUCUUCCUGCAGUGCGAGACGUGCGGGUCGCGCUGCUCUGUCGCCAGCAUCAAGUCUGGAUUCCAGGCAAGUUACCACAAACACCAUUAUUGUUUCAUUCAAAUCAUUCUUUUCCUCCUCCUCCUGUCUAAAGUGCUUACUUAACUCCCUGGAACAUAA